AUCUCAAAUUAUUGAAUGGCGUCUGAAAUCCUCUACAAAGCAACCGAGACAGUGCAAAAAGUCAUGCCUGGAGAACACGACGUGAAGUUCGCCCAAAUGGCGACGAGCACCAAAGACUCUCAGGACACCAAAGCUCGCAUCACUACCGAUUGGGGCACCAAGCAAAUCAACACUGAUGACUGGCUGGCUGUCGCAACUGAGGAUAAGGUUGGUCCGUCUCUGCUAGAGGACGGAUUCGCGAGAGAAAAGAUUCAUCGAUUCGAUCAUGAGCGUAUCCCAGAGCGAGUCGUCCACGCUCGAGGUGCCGCAGCCUUCGGAAAGUUCACUCUUUUCGAGAGCGCCGAAGACGUGACCUCCGCAGGAGUCCUCACAGACACAAAGCGCGAGACUCCCGUCGCGCUGCGAUUCUCCACUGUUCUUGGAAGUCGGGGUAGCGCAGACAGCGUUCGUGAUGUGCGAGGAUUCGCUGUCAAGUUCUACACGGAAGAAGGUAAUUGGGACAUCGUGGGUAACAACAUCCCGGUUUUCUUCAUCCAAGAUGCGAUGAAGUUUCCCGAUGUAAUCCACGCUGGCAAGCCUGAGCCCGACAACGAGGUUCCUCAGGCUCAGACUGCUCACAACAAUUUCUGGGACUUCCAAUACUUGCAUCCCGAGGCUACGCACAUGUUCAUGUGGACUCAGUCGGACCGAGCGAUUCCAAGAUCCUACCGGAUGAUGCAAGGGUUCGGUGUCAACACCUACACACUGCUCAACGCGAAGGGAGAGAGGAACUUUGUCAAGUUCAUCUUCACUCCCGAGCUAGGCGUCCAUUCCUUCGUUUGGGACGAGGCGCUGAAGCUUGCCGGACAAGACCCGGACUUCCAUCGUAAGGACCUAGAGGAAGCCAUCAGUGCCGGAGCAUUCCCUAAGUGGAAGUUCGGUAUCCAGGUCAUCCCUGAAGCCCAGGAGCAGGACUUCGAAUUCGACAUUCUAGAUGCCACAAAGCUCUGGCCAGAGGAGCUUAUUCCCAUCCGAUACAUUGGCCAGCUCGAGCUGAACCGCAUGCCAGAUGAGUACUUUACGCAAGUUGAGCAGUUGGCUUUCUGCACAAGCCACAUCGUCCCUGGCAUUGGUCUAUCCGAUGAUCCCCUCCUCCAGGGACGCAACUUCUCUUAUCAGGACACUCAAGUUUCCCGCCUCGGUAUCAACUUCGAAGAGCUGCCGGUCAACAAGCCUAUCUGCCCCGUCAUGAACAACAACCGUGAUGGUGCAAUGAGGCACACUAUUACCAAAGGUAAGGCCAACUACUGGCCCAAUCGGUUCGAGGCCCAUCCCCCAGCCACUGCCCAAGAGGGUGGUUAUGUCGACUAUCCUGAGAAGGUUGCUGGUAUCAAGACGCGUCUUAAGAGCAAGAAGUUCAGGGAGCAUUUCAACCAAGCCCAGCUCUUCUACAACUCAUUGUCACCCCCUGAGAAAGCCCACAUUGUAGCCGCCCUAGGCUUCGAACUCGAUCAUUGCGAUGACCCAGUCGUCUAUAAGCGCAUGGCCGACCGCCUUUGCGAGAUCGAUCUCGACCUCGCACAGCAUGUCGCCGAGCUGGUCGGCGCCGAUGUGCCCUCGGAGGCCAAGCGCCCCAACCACGGCAAAAAGGCGAAGGGCCUGAGCCAGCUCGAGUUAAUGCCAGCAGAGCCAACCAUCGCCACUCGCCGCGUUGCCAUCAUCAUCGCGGAGGGCUACGACGCCAUCGCCUAUAACGGUGUCAAGGCUGCUCUCACCGCGUCAGGUGCUGUCCCUUUCACCAUCGGACCAAAGCGCAGCACCAUCUUCGCCGCUGGCGAGAGCAAGUCCAGCGGGAAGGGCGUCGUGCCAGACCACCACCUUGAAGGCAUGCGCUCAACCAUGUUCGACUCCAUCUUCGUCCCCGGCGGCGUCGACGCCAUCGCUACACUUCGUAAGAACGGGCGCGCGCUGCACUGGGUGCGCGAGGCAUUCGGGCACUUGAAGGCCAUCGGUGCCACCGGCGAGGCUGUGGCUUUCGUCCGUGACGCGUGCCAGCUUCCCGGCGUCUCGUUCUCGUCGUCCGGCGAGGUGGUGGAUUCGUAUGGCGUGGUGACGGCGAGCCAGGUGCAUCCGGAGAGCUUCAAGGAGGCUGUGAAGAUGGCGAAGGGCGCGAAGGACUUUGUGGAUUCGUACUUCUUUGCUAUCUCGCAGCAUAAGAACUUCGAUAGGGAGAUGGAGGGGUUCUCGGCUAUGGUGGCUUAUUAGGCUGCCAGAGGUGCUCCUUACAUUUACUUUAGGUUGUAUUCUUGAGGUUACAAUGCAAGGCUAAUCCGAACGUAUUUGUUCUUGACGCGUGAAUCUGAUUCUUGUGAUGGCUUGUAGCACCUCUUGACGUGCGCGUGAGGUAGCUAUCUUGACAUGAAGUCCAAGUUUUAUGACUUGAGUGGAAGUAUCUUGCGUUCGUAGCUUGGAUAGCUGCUGGUUUUUGCAAGCGGACUUUG